AUGGGCAGCGUCGAUUACUUCCCGGCCCUCGGCGACCGAGGCGUCCCCGCGGGCCCGAGGCGCAUGGUGGCCCCCUCGCGGGCGCAGGACUCCGUCUUCGAGUUGGCGGACGUGGCCACGACAGCGCCCGCGGUGGAGGCUCUGCACGCUCGCCGGCCGGAGCUGUGCCGGAGGAUGGUCGAGGCAGACCGUGGCGGUCACGGCGUUACAGCUGGCUCGCAGCUCACUUUUGAGGGCAGCCAUCCGAACCCAGUGUUUUGGCCGAAUCGCUGCAAGAUGGUGCGGUGCCGUCAGAUGGCGCCGCCCAGCGCGAAUUUCAUGGGGCAGUUGAGGAUUUUCGAGCGCGUCAACCGACACGUGGGGGCGUCGCAGCGCACGGAGGGUCGCUCCCUGCGCGCAGCCGGCAUCCACGAGCGAGCGGCGCAGCGCCGUGCCGGCGAGCUGCAGGAGCUGGCGGAGGGGCAGGUUGCUGUGGCCGCGAGGCUUCUGCGCUUGGCCGACAGGCAAGCCGGUUACGCGGAGCUUUCCGAGACGCGGAUGGAGCUUCAGGAGGCGCCUCCGGAGCCUGCCGCGGCGCUGAGGCUGCAGAGCUUCGCCCGCGGCGGCGCGGCCCGACGGGAGGCGCCGCUCCUGCGGCCGCGAGCUCCCCCGGCCGAGGCAGCCGCGGGCGCGGAGGAGGCGAUCCGGUGCCUGUCCCGCGGCGUCGCCGAGCUCCGGAGGCUGCGGCAGGAGGCGCGAGCAGCAGAGGAGGAGCUUGGGCAGCGCGCGCCCGUCCAGGCCCAGGGCAGUGACCGUGGCCAUGCGACCGGAGGCAUCUGCGAGGGAGAGCAGCUGGACCUCACGCACGCGGCCGCUGCGAUCCAGCGCCUGGAGAGCCUGCUGGCACGUGGGGGCGCGGCCCAGGCAGAGAUCCGAAAACUGCAGGAGGAGGCACGGGGGUCAGAGGAGGCCCGCGCCAGAGCCGAGCUUCUCGUGGCGGAGGAGCGCAGGCAGCGCGCAGCCGUCCAGAGCCGAGGUCUGGCUCGUGGCCGCGCUGCUCAGGACACCUGCGAGGCCGCGCGGGAGCAACGCCGGCGCAGCUCGAGCGCGGCCGAGGCGAUGCAGCGCCUGGCACGCGGGCGCGCGGCCACGGAGGAGGCCCGCGGGCCGCGAGAGGAGGCCGGAGCGGCAGCGGAGGCCCGCAGCAGAGCCGAGCGCUCCGCGCUGGCGGGGCGCAGGCAGGGCGCGGCAGUCCGGAUCCAGAGCGGACUUCGGGGUCGCGCCGCACGGGCCAUCUGCCAGGGCCUGCGCGAGGACAGGCUGGCGCUGGAGGCGCAGCUGGAGCGCAGGAAGCGCGCGGCCGAGGCGAUCCAGGGCCUUGCACGAGGCAUGGCUGCUCGAGGGGCAGUCCGGAGGCUCCGACAGGAGGCCAGAGCAGCGGAGGAGGCGUCCACCACCAGGGCUGAGCGGGCUGCCAUGGAGGAUCGCCGGCGCAGGGCGUGCGCGGCCGAGGCAAUCCAGCGCCUGGCGAGGGGCCGCAUCGCCCGGGCAGAGGCCCGAAGGCUCCGAGAGGAGGCAGCGGCAGCAGCAGAGGCCCGCGCCAGGGUCGCGCUGGCGGCGCGGAAGCUCCAGGAGCGCCGGUGGCGUGCGGCCGUCCAGAUCCAGAGCGUGGUGCGUGGCCGCGCGGCCCGGGCCGUCUGCGCCGCAGCGCGAGGGCGGCGGCGAGCGGAGCUGCUGGGGCGGCGCCGGGCGUCCGCGGCCGAGGCGAUCCAGCGGCUCGCACGGGGGGGCGCCGCUCGGGCAGAGGCCCAACGACUGCGAGAGGAGGCCAGAGCAGCAGAGGAGGCCCGGAUUCGAGCCGAGCGUGCCGCGCUGGAGGAGCGCAGGGAGCGCGCAGCAGUGCGGAUCCAGGGCGGACUGCGAGGCCGUGCGGCACGGGCCAUCUGCCAGGGCCUGCGGGAAGACAGGCUGGCGCUGGAGGCGCAGCUGCGGCGCAGGGCUCGCGCGGCCGAGGCAGUCCAGCGCUUCGUGCGCGGGGCUGCUGCUCGAGUGGAAGUCCGGAGGCUCCGAGAGGAGGCCAGAGCAGCAGAGGAGGCCCGAAUCAGUGCCGAGCGUGCCGCGCUGGAGGAGCGCAGGGAGCGCGCAGCAGUCCGGAUCCAGAGCGGACUGCGAGGCCGCGCCGCACGGGCCAUUUGCAAGGGCCUGCGGGAAGACAGGCUGGCGCUGGAGGCACAGCUGCGGCGCAGGACUCGCGCGGCCGAGGCAGUCCAGCGCUUCGUGCGCGGGGCUGCUGCUCGAGUGGAAGUCCAGAGGCUCCGACAGGAAGCCAGAGCAGCAGAGGAGGCCCGAAUCAGUGCCGAGCGUGCCGCGCUGGAGGAGCGCAGGGAGCGCGCAGCAGUCCGGAUCCAGAGCGGACUUCGGGGCCGCGCCGCACGGGCCAUCUGCCAGGGCCUGCGGGAAGACAGGCUGGCGCUGGAGGCGCAGCUGCGGCGCAGGGCUCGCGCGGCCGAGGCAGUCCAGCGCUUCGUGCGCGGGGCUGCUGCUCGAGUGGAAGUCCGGAGGCUCCGAGAGGAGGCCAGAGCAGCAGAGGAGGCCAGGGCGUGCGCGGCGGAGGCGAUCCAGCGCCUGGCGCGCGGGGUGGCCGCUCAGGCGGAGCUACAGAGGCUGCAGGAGGAGGUGCGAGAGGCACCGGCCGGAACGGGCGCGGGGGCGGAGCCGGGCAGCCCGCAUGAGGAGCGGCGGGCGGUGGAGGACGCGCCCGCCUCCCCCGCCUGGGCCCCGCGCCUCACCGACGAGUCCCUGGCGCGCCUCUUCCGCGACGCCGUGGCGGAGGAGCGCGGCCGGCUGCGGGGCGCCGCCCCGCCGGCGGGCCCCGCCUCCCCGGCGGGCAGCCCCGGCCCC